CCGGAGGGGGAAGAGCCGGCGCGCGGCUUGACACAGACAGAGCUGCCUGGACGCUCCGGCCCUCCAGUGUCGCCGAGACGCAAGAGCAGCGCGCAGCACCUGUGCGCGCACAGCCGGGACCCGGGCGGCCGCGGUAGGAAAGGACUGACUGCCGCCGUGCGCGUCCGUGCUGCUCAGCCGGCUGGGGACGCGGGAGAAUGUGGACUGGGUGGACCUGAGCCACACUUAGCUCAGAUGUUGGAUCUCCGCUUGGAAAAACGUGUGGGUACGACCUUGCCUGCCCUCAAGUGUAGCUCCAGCUCAGGGAAGUUUCAAGGGUUGGCAGAGAGAACUGAGGAGAACAUGAAAAUGGACAUGGAAGUCGCGGACAUGACUCUGUGGACAGAGGCCGAGUUUGAAGAGAAGUGCACAUACAUAGUGAACGACCACCCCUGGGAUUCUGGCACCGAUGGAGGGACCUCCAUUCAAGCAGAGGCAUCCUUACCAAGGAAUCUGCUUUUCAAGUUUGCCACCAACAACAGCAAAGAGGUUAUAGGAGUGCUGAGUAAAGAAUACAUACCAAAGGGAACACGGUUUGGACCCCUCAUAGGUGAAAUCUACACCAAUGACACAGUUCCCAAGAAUGCCAACAGGAAAUAUUUUUGGCGGAUCUAUUCCAGAGGGGAACUUCACCACUUCAUUGAUGGCUUUAAUGAGGAGAAAAGCAACUGGAUGCGCUAUGUGAAUCCGGCACACUCUGCCCAGGAGCAAAACUUGGCUGCGUGUCAGAACGGGAUGAACAUCUACUUCUACACCAUUAAGCCCAUCCCUGCCAACCAGGAACUUCUUGUGUGGUAUUGUCGGGACUUUGCAGAGAGGCUUCACUACCCUUAUCCUGGAGAGCUCACAAUGAUGAAUCUCACACAAACAGAGAGCAACCUAAAGCAACCCAGUGCUGAGAAAAAUGAACUUUACCCAAAGAAUGUCCCCAAAAGAGAGUACAGUGUGAAAGAAAUCCUAAAACUGGACUCCAGUCUUUCCAAAGGGAAGGACGUCUACCGUUCUAACAUUUCACCCCUCACUUCAGAAAAGGACAUAGACAACUUUAGAAAAAAUGGAAGCCCCGACAUGCCCUUCUACCCUCGGGUUGUUUAUCCCAUCCGAGCGCCUCUGCCAGAAGACUUUUUGAAAGCACCCCUCACCUAUGGGAUGGAGAGGCCCACUUACCUCACUCACAGCCCACUUCCAUCUUCCACAACUCCAAGUCCCUCGGCAAGAAGCAGCCCCGAGCAGAGCCUCAAGAGUGCCAGCCCUCACGGCAGCCCGGGGAACAUGGUGUCACCCCUGGCUCCCGGCCCCCAAGAACACCGGGACUCCUACCCCUACUUGAAUGCGCCCUAUGGCACCGAGGGCCUGGGCUCCUUCCCUGGCUAUGCACCUGCCCCUCACCUCCCCCCAGCUUUCAUCCCCUCUUACAAUCCUCACUACCCUAAGUUCCUGUUGCCCCCGUAUUGCAACGGCUUGAGCGCCGUGAACAACAUCAAUGGCAUCAACAACUUCAGCCUCUUCCCCAGGUUGUACCCCGUCUACAGUAACCUCCUUGGCGGGGGCAACCUGCCGCACCCCAUUCUCAACCCGGCUUCUCUCCCAAGUUCGCUGCCCUCAGAUGGAGCCCGGAGGCUGCUUCCCCCUGAGCACCCCAGAGAAGUACUUGUCCCAGCGCCCCACAGUGCCUUUUCCCUGACCGGGGCUGCCGCGAGCAUGAAGGACAAGACUUGUAGCCCCACCAGUGGGUCUCCAACGGCGGGAACGGCAGCCACGUCAGAACACGUGGUACAACCCAAAGCUACCUCAGCAGUGAUGGCAACCCCCAGCAGUGAAACUGAAGCCAUGAAUCUAAUCAAAAACAAAAGAAACAUGACUGGCUACAAGACCCUUCCCUACCCUCUGAAGAAGCAAAAUGGCAAGAUCAAGUAUGAGUGCAACGUCUGUGCCAAGACAUUUGGCCAGCUCUCCAAUCUGAAGGUCCACCUGAGAGUGCAUAGUGGAGAACGGCCUUUCAAAUGCCAGACCUGCAACAAGGGCUUCACUCAGCUCGCCCACCUGCAGAAACACUACCUGGUACACACGGGUGAAAAGCCACACGAAUGCCAGGUCUGCCACAAGAGAUUUAGCAGCACCAGCAAUCUCAAGACCCACCUGCGACUGCAUUCUGGAGAGAAACCUUACCAAUGCAAAGUGUGCCCUGCCAAGUUCACUCAGUUUGUGCAUCUGAAGCUGCACAAGCGACUCCAUACCCGGGAGCGGCCCCACAAGUGUCCCCAGUGCCACAAGAGCUACAUCCAUCUCUGCAGCCUCAAGGUCCACUUGAAGGGCAACUGCCCUAUGGCCCCAGCCACUGGGCUGCCUUUGGAGGACCUGACCCGAAUCAAUGAAGAAAUUGAGAAGUUUGACAUUAGUGACAAUGCUGACCGGCUGGAGGACAUGGAGGACAACAUUGAUGUGACCUCUAUGGUGGAGAAGGAAAUUCUGGCUGUGGUCAGAAAAGAGAAAGAAGAAACUGGUCUGAAAUCGUCUUUGCAAAGAAACGUGGGGAAUGGACUUCUCUCCUCAGGGUGCAGCCUCUAUGAGUCAUCAGACCUGUCCCUCAUGAAGUUGCCUCACAGCAACCCACUACCUCUGGUACCUGUAAAGGUCAAACAGGAAACAGUUGAACCGAUGGAUCCUUAAGAUUUUCAGAAAGCAAGUGUUUUGUUUUGCUUUGCUUCUUAAGUUGUGACUUGGCGAGUAAGGGUGCCUGUAGCGAAUUGCUUGUACAGUAUUUCAGAUCUGCAAGCUUCCUGACGGCAGGCAGUUCCCCUCAUCCCUCUGGAAUUAAAGAAGGACU